AUGGACCUGGUAUCAAAAUAUGACACCGGUGAAAGUGCCAAAUCUCUUUUCAAGAUGGCAAUCCUCCGUCCCUCCAAGUUACUUCUAUUCUCCCCAAUAGUCUUUCUCAUGGCACUCAUGAUCACCAUUUCGUAUGGCUACAGCUAUUUUCUCUUUACAACGUAUACAUUCGUCUUUGAGAAGCAAUAUGGCUUCAAGCCCUCCUCCGUUGGCCUUGCGUACAUUGGGAUCGGCAUAGGUUACGUGGGCACACAGAUCAUUGCAGCGCUCUUCUCUGAUCGAUACGUCAUCAGAAUGAGAAAAUCGAACCCGGACGGUCCUCCAAAGCCAGAAUGGCGUCUCCCGCCACUUGCCCUGGGCGCCAUAAUCCUUCCCUUGGGAUACUUGUUCUAUGGCUGGACGGCGAUGUAUCGACUUCACUGGUCCAUUCCGAUCCUCGGCACAGCAUUCAUCGGAGCAGGAACUCUGUGCUACUUCUUCUCCAUUAUGGCGUAUUUGAUCGACGUCUAUACGAUUUACUCCGCAAGUGCUAUUUCCGCGAAUAUCGUGCUCCGAUCCAUCGUCGCGGCGACGCUCCCCCUGGCGGGGACUAGGCUGUAUGAAAAUCUGGGGAUAGGGUGGGGAACAAGUCUGCUAGCGUUUAUCGCGUUAGCAUUGGCCCCUGUCCCAUUUGUAUUGCUCAAAUACGGGGAGAAAAUCAGAACGCAUCCUCGAUUUCAAGUACAUCUAUGA